UUCCGCCUACUCGCUCACUCAUGUCGUAUAUAUUAUAUACUUGUACUAACCGUCGUCGUCGUCUGCGCAACCCUGACAGUUGAUUAUUGAGAUAGGCGGCUGUUGUCGUGUUAACAUAAAAUUCAGAUAAGAAAUUGUUUUUCUUACUUAUUUCACAAUAGCGGAAAUAGCAAAUUUUAAUUGAUUACUUCCAAGGUUAUAGAAAAUACGCAAUGACUGAAAAACCGAAGAGAAAGGUGCAAUAUUUGGCGGGUGUAUGCGCGGCGUUUGCGUUUACAUUCACUGGAGCAACUUUGGCAUGGUCAUCGCCGGCAAUACCAAAGUUCAAAAAUGGUGAAGCGAAUAUUGUUAUCACUGAUACGCAAACAUCAUGGGUGGUAUCCUUGCACUCGGCUGGCGCACUCCUCGGGUGCUACUUUGGGCAGGUGUUGAACGAGAAGGCUGGACGUCGCCGCACGUUUUUCGGCUCAGCUGUACCGGGCCUCUUAGGUGCGACUAUCAUGCUGAACACCAGUCUACCCGAACUGAUGAGUGUGGCCAGGUUCCUCAUGGGUGUUUCGACAGGUACCAUAGCUGUGGUGACAAUGAUAUACGUAACCGAAAUAGCUGAUAAAGAGAUUAGAGGUGCACUGGGGAUGACGGUGCAAGUCAUGAACAAUUUCGGUGGUCUCACAGUAUACAGCGUGGGCCCUUUUGUGUCAUAUACGACCUUGAACUACAUAAUACUGAUUAUACCUAUAUGUUACGUGCUGCUUUGCUUGUGGAUACCAGAGUCGCCUUACUAUCACUUGAAGGAUGGGAGGGUAGAGGCUGCGAAGAAAGAGUUUAUGAGACUCAAAGGGACUACGGAUGAAUCGGUGGUAGAUGAUCAGAUGAGGAUUAUGAGAGCUCACGUAAAAGAAAGCAUGGAAAACAAGACUACACUCAAAGAACUGCUAACUAACAUGAAAUACAGAAAGGCUGUUUACAUUGUGACAGGGCUGAAACUGUUGCAAUACAUGACUGGUAUUCUCGUCAUACAAUCGUACUUGGAGCCGAUAUUUAGGCAAAGCAACUUCGUCUCCGGGCCUAUCGCUAGCAUCGUUUACGGCUUUGUGCAGUUAGGAGCAGGUAUUGGUGCAACAUUCCUAUCGAGAUGGUUCGGCCGAAGAAUUCUUCUGUUAAUUUCUUGUUUCGGAGUGUCUGUCGCGAUGACUAUAGUUGGCCUGUACUUUUUCCUUCAAGAUACCAUUCAAGUCAGCGCUGAAACUUCGCAAGCAAUCUCGUGGAUGCCUCUUGUUGGUAUAUUGAGUUUCAAUGUCUUAUAUGCGGUUGGUGUGGGGAACCUGCCCUAUGUACUUCAAGCAGAACUAUUCCCAGUAAACGUUAAGGGAGUGGCCUCAAGUACAGCGACAAUGUUAGCGUGCAUCCUAAGUUUCUUAGUGACAAAGUGUUACCAACAAGUCAAGGACGCUUGUGGACAUUACAUGGUCUUCUGGUCUUUCGCACUUAUUGGCUACAUAGGCGUGUUCUUUAUAUACUUCUUUGUCCCAGAAACGAAAGGAAAAACUUUAGAAGAAGUGCAGAAUAACAUUCAAGAACAGCGACCAGAGGAAGAGGCGUUGAACGCCGAGAAGGCUGAGAAAGUAUAAUGUUUCUGUAUGUUCUUGUAAACAGGAAAAAGGUUUACACUCCAGAAUUGGCAUUUCAUAGAAGAAAAUGUCGGCAUUUUAUGGAUAUUUUUGUAAAGAUUUAAUGUAUUGGUAAUGUUAUUGAAUUAUUUAUUAUGUUAAGAACAAUAUUAGUAAUUUUAAGCUACAGCGAUUUUUAAGUGUAAAUGAAUGUAUAAAUGAAUAAAAAUAAUGUUAUAUU